AUGGACGUGGCUGUGGACUUGUACCUGGCCAUCCCGCUGCUCUUCGCUGUCCUGGCCCUCAUCCUCACCUCCGUCUUUGUGAGGCCUCAGGGAGCCGAAGAGGUGUGGUCGUGGGAGCUGGUGGCAGCAGAAGCAGCCCGGGAGAGCAGCCCUGGGGACCAAGCAGCGGUGGGAGCGGGGCUGGAGCCUGGCAGGGAGCGGCUGCCGGUGGAGGAGGUCGGGGCUGCUGAGCAGUGGGAGGAGGCUGUGGAGAAGCAGAGUCCCGAUGCCAAGCCCAGCCCCGCGGCAGCCGAGAACAUCCCCCAGCAGCCUCCCACCGAGCCCCACGAGCCCGAGCCCCAGGAGGAUGUGGAAAGCAAGAUACCACCUUCGGGAGCCUCAGUUGGGUCCAGCCUCGGGCACCUGGAACAAGUGGAGGAUGCAGGAGACCACGCAGCAUUUCCCACCAAGGCAGAGGAGGAAGAUCUGGACUCAGGAAAAGAGAAGCUGGUGGUGGGAGAGCCGGCAAGCACAGCAGCUGCACCAGCCCCAGUGACAAGUACAGCAGUAUUACUACAGCAGGAACCUCCUGAACCAAUGGAAAACAAGCCUUACAAGUAG